CUACCCAGUCAUCCAGCCUGAAGAUACAUCAGGAAGUUCACACCACAGUGAGAUGCUACACCUGUUCUGACAGCGGGAAGCAAUUCAUUCUGUCGUCGGUGCUAAAUAUACAUCUGAAAAUUCCCCAGUGAGAAGACAGUAACCUGUUUACAUGGUGGGAAGGCAUUCACACACUCAACCAUGCCACAGUGACACCAGCAAGUUCACACCGGGGAGAGGCCAAUCACCUGCUCUGUGUGCGAAAGGAUUCACUGAAUCAUCUCAACUGAAUGAACACCAGUGAGUUCACACUGAAAAGAUGUCGUUCACCUGCUUAGACUGUGGGAAGGGAUUCACUCGUUCAUCCACACUACAGAGACACCAGCGAGUUCACACCGGGGAGAGGCCAUUCACUUGCUCUGAAUGUGGGAAGGGAUUCAGUGACUCAUCCAAACUUGUGAGGCACUACCGAGUUCACACUGGGGAGAGGCCGUUCAUUUGCUCUGAAUGUGGAAAAGGAUUUGCUCGGUCAUCUCAACUGACUGAACAUCAGCGAGUUCACACUGGGGAGAAACCGUUCAGCUGCUUUCAAUGUGGCAAGGGGUUCACCCAGUCAUCUCAUCUGAAAGUACAUCAGCGAAUUCACACUGGGGAGAAACCGUUCAGCUGCACUGAAUGUGGGAAGGGAUUCACUGAUUCAUUCUCCCUUGUGAAGCACUGCCGAAUUCACACUGGGGAGAAGCCAUUCACGUGCUCUGAAUGUGGGAAGGGAUUCACUGACUCAUCCCACCUUGUGAAGCACUGCCGAAUUCACACUGGGGAGAAGCCAUUCACAUGCUCUGAAUGUGGGAAGGGAUUCACUCAGUCGUCUCAUCUGAAUGUACAUCAGCGAAUUCACACUGGGGAGAAGCCGUUCAGCUGCUCCGAAUGUAGGAAGGGAUUCGCUGAUUCAUACUCCCUUGUGAAGCACAUCCGAAUUCACACUGGGGAGAAGCCAUUCACGUGCUCUGAAUGUGGGAAGGGAUUCAUUGACUCAUCCCACCUUGUGAAGCACUGCCGAAUUCACACUGGGGAGAAGCCGUUCACGUGUUGUGGAUGUGGGAAAGGAUUCACUGCGUCAUCCAACCUGGUGAGGCACUGCCGAACUCACACUGGGGAGAAACCGUUCACCUGCUCAGAUUAUGGAAAGGGAUUCACUCGGUCAUCAGGCUUCAAAGUCCAUCAGCGAGUUCACACUGGGCGAUGCCAGUCACCUCUUCUGAUUGUGGGAAUGAAUUCGCUCAGACAUCUCAACUGACUGAACAUCAACUGCUCAGACUGUGGGAAGGCAUUCACACACUGAUCCACACUGCAGAGACAGUGGUGGGUUCACACUGUGGGGAGGGUGGUCACCUGCUCAGACUGUGGGAAGGCAU